AUGGCGAAUUCAGACGUACGCGAUCUUUGCCAAUUAACAACCAAGGAGUGGGCCUAUUUUGCAAAUGGGAAAGAUGGACUGGCCCCUCCCGAAGCAGAAUUUUUAGCAAUGGUUGAAAGCGGUGAUGUUAUCAACACCAAAAUAUUAUUGAAGGAAAGAUAUAUUGAAUUGAAAAAUAAGGUACAACAGUAUAGCCUUGAUUUACUUAAUUGCUGUGGGAGCUCCGAUGAAGUGUCUACUUUGAUGCUUGGAAGCAAGGAUGUUAAACAAAAACGAAUCAAACUUUUUCUGAAAGGAAAAGUGGUCACCAAAGCCAUAGAAACGGGGCAUAAGAAGCUUAUAGCACACUACAAAUGUCAGAACGUGAUGAGAAAGGUUUGGCACACGGGACAACCAGGAUGGCAUUGCAGGAAUAACUUUUGGUGGCGGUGUUUAUACUUUAUCUACUGUUUCAUUGUAUACGUGUUGCUAGUGCCAUUGUUGGCCGUUAUAUAUAUCAUAGCACCUUGCUCUCCAGUGACUAAAAUUCUGGAUAACCCUAAAGCCAAAUUCUUAAUGAAAAUGGUCGCUUACUUUCAAUUUAUUAUUCUAGUCAUCUUGCUUAACAUUAAGCCUGAGGAUAAGAUUUACUUUGAAACAUAUUCAUAUAUUUAUUCUCUACCCUUUCUAUUAAUCUACAUCGUUGCUCUCAUCUGGGGUGAAAUUCGCGAAAUGAUGAUAUGUGGACUAAAAUCUUUCUUCACUUCUUUCUGGAACUACAUAGAUCUACUGAUCCUAUCAUCAUUUUUUGCCAACAUCUCUCUUCGUAUAAUUGUCUAUUCAAAUUUGGUGGAUAUCAAUCCUGUAGGUUUUUUAUUCUGGGUUACGUGGACGGCUUUCACUCUUACCCUUGCCUGUCUUGUAUUCAUGGAGAAUUUUUACCUUUGCUUUUAUCUUGGUCCAAUGUUGCUAAUUUUCACUGCAAUGACCGGUGACGUCAUUAAGUUUCUCAUCAUAUUUGUAUAUGCUGUCACGGCGUUUGCCUUCGGGUUCUACUACUUGUAUAAAGAUUUUGGUGCAAAUAAUGUUUUCAGCGAGUUCUCUUCUUCUUUUGUUGCUCUAAUAUCUACUAUCUUUGGAGGCAACCCGACGGAUAGUUUAAAAUCCGACGAUCUGGUUUUCAACGUUACUGCUGCUGGAUCUGAGGGUUUACUUGAUGCAAGACCUAUGUACCAAACAAUGGGGUUUAUACUAUAUGCAUCGUUUGGUACUAUAUGUAUGCUCGUAUUGCUAAAUAUCUGCAUUGCCAUGAUGUCUGAUACUUAUGCAAAGAUGAAGGGGAAAUCGAGUUCCCAGUCACCACGGCGACGGACGUUGAUAAACGGCGUGUUCCCUCUCAGUUCCGUGGUGGAAUCGGCACGUCCUUUAGAGACCGAACCGGUUUAUUCCACCGAACUUAAAGCGUGGUAG